AUGGUCAUCACCAAGUCCUCCACCUGCUGCGGCAAGGGCAACGUCGAGUGCGCGUGCGCCAAGCAAGCCACUUGCUCCUGUGGCCAGCAAUCGGCCCUCCACUGCAACUGCAACAAGGCCUCCAUUGAGAACCAGCUCACCGGCCCUCGCUGCUCGUGCCGUGCUCGCCCAGCGGGUGAGUGCACCUGCGAACGCCAAGCCACUGAGAACGCCUCGGUGACCGGCUCUACGUGCGCCUGUGGCUCCCGGCCUGCCGAUGCCUGCACGUGCGAGAAGGCCGCCGACGGCGGCUUCAACCCGGCCAACGAGAUUGACUUCACCACCAGGGCAUAA